UCCUCUUGCUUAGUUCUUGGCUGGAAAGUUGGUGACAAUAGGUGACAUCUAGAACCCCUGUGGGCACGGGUGAUAUCUUGAGUUCCAUAAUUCACACUAUUGGGCUUACUCAAUUACUCAACAGCACAUAACCGGUCUGUUAUGCUCUAAACACCCUGCCAGGUGCUGUAGAUCACAGAUGAUUGGAGGAAUUAGCUGGGAGGAUAUAAUUGAGCAGAAACUUAGAAGAGAAACAAUAGAGGGGUUAAUAUGUAUUUUUAUCCAGGUGUGGGUAGGGGGGCAGCCACCCUCCCCACCUCCUGGAGCGUUCUCAAGAUUAGCUCUCAAGAAAGGGAUUAGCUAUAUAAUCCUCAGGUUGGAUCUCGCCUUCGUGGGAGGCCAGAACCCUAACCCAGCCCCACACCUGGCCCCAUUGUUCCUCUAAUUCCCCCGCAUCCGAUCCGGAUCCGGAAUGAGCGGUCCCGUUCGCAGUUCAUUCAAGGUCAAGAGACCUGGGGGAGGGAGCUGGGAGACCCUGAAACUAUUCUCCCCAGACUCAAGAAACCCCACCUGGACAUGGGUCCCUUGGAUGAGCAAAGACUCCUAAGGAGGGGCCCUGAGGCGACAUUCUUAGGAGGUGCGGAGUCCAGGUCCCUUAGUGUGCUCUAGAAAAACUUUUAAAAGACUGGCCGGCGCGCUUUGAGACUAAGAAGGCGUCACAAAUCCUAGACUGCAGUCUUAGCUGAUAGCAACCCCACCCCCGCGGUCCCGCCCCCGCGCCCUCGGGGAAAAGUAGCUUCCGGGAGCAGCCCUGCUGGGCACCGCCCCCAGGGCGCGGGUGCCGAUUGGCCAGCGCGAUCGCAGGGCGAGGCCAAAUCUUAAAGAGUCGGAAGCUAAGGAACCCCUAAGGUGGAUGUGGCUGCAUCUGCAGCGAAACGCAGGGAGGUGAUGCCUGGUGGUCCAUGUAGGUUUUUAAAAUAUAUAUCAAAUGUCCAUACCCUAGUCUGAGGCCCAUGGAGCCCACGCAGCACUAUCCACUGUUCGGGGGCGCCUUUUCCGCCACUCUCCCGCCCGGGGCCAUUGACGUAAGCGACCUCCGACAGGUCCCGGACAAUCAAGAAGCUUUCUGCCAUCGUGAGACGGAUCAGAGCCUGAUCGUAGAACUUCUGGAACUGCAGGCCCAUGUGCAAGGCGAAGCGGCUGCGCGGUUCCACUUUGAGGACGUUGGCGGGGUGCAGGAGGCUAGAGCUGUGCGAGUGGAGGCUGUGCAGCCCCUCCUUCUGGAGAACCUGGCCCUGAGGGGCUGCUGUGAAGAAGCCUGGGUCCUCUCUGGCAAGCAGCAGAUAGCUAAAGAAAACCAGCAAGUGAGGGCCCGGGGGAUGUGCGAUGUCCUGGAGGGGUCAAUGGGGUGGCCCUAAGGCAUGAGUCCUGACAAUAGGUCAUGUUUUGGCCCUGAAAAUCUGUCACUUCCACCCUGGAGCCUGAGUGACUUUGAGCAGCUGGUGACCAGUCUGACCCUUCAUGAUCCCAACAUCUUUGGUCCCCAGUAAAGACGCUGAUAUGCU